CGGUGAACAUGUGUCCUCUGGAGUUUGUGUUUGUAUCUUGAAGCUAAUGUGAACUGUGUGGUUAACGUUACACGCCACAAUGAAUAACUUUGGAAGGAGACUGGCCUGUAGUGACUGGAGCUCCGGCCUGAACAUCGUCCUCUCUCGGGUUAGACCGCGGACAAACCGCCGCCGGUGUCCGCAGGCGACACCGUCCCUCAGCCGGAGAUACACCGCUGCUGCUGAGCAGGCUCCGGGCUCCGACACCGGUGAGAAACCCCGGCUGAGGGCCAUCGACCUGGCGCGGAAGGUGCAGCAGGAGAAGGUGCAGCCUGCGGCGGAGGAGGCUCCGCUGUCCGGGCAGCAGAGGAGGGUGAUGGAGCUGAAACGGUUCAGCCUGCAGCUGCAGCGCGUUCACCCCAACGUGCUGGCCAAACACCUGCACAAGAGCGUGCUGCACCAGGACAGAGAGGUGGUGGUCAUCACUAAACCGUACGGCGUUCCCGUCCGAGAAGACUCCGGGGUCACAUCCAUCUCCUCAGUGCUUCCUGCUCUCUCCAAAAUGAUGGAUGGGAUGAAGAUGAAGUCUGACUCUCAGCUGCUGCCCUGUCUGCGGAUGGAGAAGGAAACAACAGGAGCUCUGCUGCUGGCCAGGAGCGAAGACGUAGUGGAGCACAUACUCAACCUUCAAAGAAAUAACCAAGUUCAGAGAAAAUACUGGGUCGUCACAGUCGGUGUACCUGUCCCAUCUGAAGGAGUGAUUGACAUCCCCAUCAUAGAGAAACAGGUCCCAGGCACUCGGCCACACUACAAGAUGGCUCUAAGUCCUCUCUACAGAAUGAAUGAUGCAGGCGACGGUGUGACCAAAAUCCGUGCCAAUCGGCAAGCCCACACUGCAGUGACUAAGUACCGAGUCUUGGACAGCAGCAGCGGUUGCAGCCUCGUGGAGCUCCAGCUUCUUACUGGAGUGAAGCACCAGAUGAGGGUUCACAUGGCUCUUGCUCUGACGUGCACCAUUCUUGGUGACCACAAAUAUUCCAACUGGAGCAAACUGGCACCCCAGAAAUUACCGGAACGUGUGCUGGGAAAGCUCGGACUGGAACAGAGCAAGAUCCGGCAUCUUCCUCUUCACGUGCACGCUCGACAGCUGACGCUUCAAGAUACCAAGCGAGGCGACAUCAGCGUGACUUGUCCCCUGCCGAAAUACUUUUCACAAACAUUGCAUCGACUUAAUUUAAUUCCACCUGAUGAAAAGGACGAUAAAUAACCACUUCUUUGCUUUUUUUCCCAGACUGCAACAUGGGGGGGGGGUAUCAUGUGUUCAAGUUAAGUGGGAAAUAAAAUUAUAUCCAGCUUGGUUAUUGAGAGGUUUGGUAAAAUUAUCAAACAGAAAAUGACCGUUCAGUGCUGUACAACUCAUCUUUAGUAAUAAACAAAUGAAGCAGAA